UAUGCAUACAUCUGCGUGCAUCUACUGUUCAUUAUGCAGCAUUGUUCGGUGCCUGUCCAGUGCGUAAAUAGCACACGUGGUUCUCAACAGCCUUAUGCAGCAAAGGCUACUUUCGGCGAAGCUGAAACGUCUUUGAAAGCAACAGUACAGGCUGAACAGCAUGAGGUCUCCAACACGCUCAUUGGUUCCGAUGCGGAGGAAGAAAAUGCUUCGAAUUCACCUGUUUUAGCGAUAGUGACAAAGACUGUUGGGCAGCACAUUACUCUACUACCCUCAUCGAAAAUCAUGCAGUCAAAAACAGAAAAGGAAACAACGUUAAAAACAAAGAAAAGAACUUUAGUAGCUUCAACUCGAACGUCAAUCACUGCAGCGCCUACAACAACGACAACUACGCCUUCCGUUGGGCGGGUGACAAAUACGCCACAAGAAGAAAAGGAAGCAAAAGCAGCAACAUCGGCUGCAGUGGUGGGAGGUGGGACCGAACCAAAGCAAGACCAGCAAGAUGUUUCCACAGAAGAGCCUGAUGACGAUGACGACGAAGAAUCUGACGAGAACACUGAAGAUACGAAAAUUCCAAUAGAUAUUGCGCGAUCAACGAUCGCAUCGCACUUGGACGAGAAGCUAAAUGAAACCGUCUCUACAACCCAUUCUUCGAAUGAGAAUGAUGAUACGGAGGUAAGCUGCACUACAGAUAUUUCUCUGUAUUUCAAGUUCCGGUAUAACGCAGAUUUUUGUUUCAAAUUCUUAUAA